AUGUUUCGCAAACAUGCUAAUAAAGAGACUAAUUAUGAAAAGACGAAUGAUCAUGAGAUACCAAAUGAUGAUUUAAUACCAGAUGACAAUAAAUUAUUUAGAGAUGAAGAAAUAAAUUAUAGAAGUUUUUUCGAAGAUAAAAUAUUGGAUAAAGAAGAAAUGUCUGUGGAUUAUAGUAACGAAGUGUCAAGUAAAGAGGAGUUAGAUUUUUCUGAUGAUAAAAUAUUGGACGAUAAAGAAAUGCUGAUAGAUUAUAACAGCGAAGUAUCAAAUGAAGAAUCUGAUAAGAAUAUAUUAGACAAUGAUGAAAUACUGGCAGAUUAUAAUAAUGAAGUGCCAAAAAAAUCUGAUAAAGUUGUUGAUAAAAUAUUAGAUAUUGAGCAAAUGCCAUCUGUUAAUAGUGAAUUUGCUCUGUAUUUCAAAAAUAUCACUGAGACAUUGAUGUUUUUUUGGAUUCAAAAGCAUAAAAUAUCCACUCAAGCUUAUGACAAAUUAGUAGAUAUAAUUCACCACUCACAGUUUAAAAAUAAAGAUAUCGUAACAAAUAUUCGUCAGUUUAGAAAGUAUCAGCAAAGAUUACCUUUACUUCCAAUCAGAACAAGAAAUAUUUAUAUUUUAAAUAAGAAAAUGCUAUCUAUUUCCAAAGAUAUUAAAGAAAUGUAUUAUCUAUCUAUCACUGAUAUCAUUUGGCAUUCUUUAAAUAAUCUUUCAUUGUUUGACCAAAUGUAUUUCAGACCAG